AUGAAGGACGACAUUGAAACUGCCGCUCCCAUAGCCGAGGAGACCAAAACGGAAGAAACAACCCAAGAGACCGAGGUGGACUCCAACCAGCAGGAUGAAUUUCUGGUGACAUGGAACGGGCUUGACGACCCCGAGAAUCCGCUCAACUGGUCAAUGCCGUGGAAAUGGGGGAUCACCAUGAUCACCUCCUUUGGCGGCCUGGUGACGUUGAUGAGCGGGGGUAUGCUGGCCCCAGCCCUGGAGGCGAUCAGCGAAGACCUCCACUCGAGCCCCGAAACCACCAACAUGCUGCUCUCCAUCUUUGUGCUGGCUUUUGCCUUCGGGCCCAUGGUCCUGGCGCCGCUCUCCGAGGUGUACGGACGCCGCGUCGUCUGGAUCGUCGCCUCGGCCUGGUAUGUGCUCUGGAACACCGUCUGCGGCUUCGCCCACAACCGGGGGUUGAUGCUGGCCGGGCGCAUCCUGUCGGGUCUGGGGGCCAGCGCCGAGUUUGCGGUGUCCAUCCCUGUCCUCGGCGAUUGCUGGCGACCCGAGGAGCGCGGGUAUUCCUUCUCGAUCGCCAAUUUCAUUCCCUUGCUAGGGCCCGCGUUGGGUCCCAUUCUCGGCGGCGUCAUCACGAACAGCGUCGGCUGGCGGUGGCUCUUCUGGGUCUUGUCUAUCUUCGAUGGCUGCCUGGCUAUCAGCGCGCUCUGGCUCUUCCCGGAAAGUUAUGAGCGCGUCCUCCUCCACUGGCGGGCGCGCAAACUGCGCAAAGCGACGGGAAGGCCCUAUCACACCAAGUGGGAUGAUGUCCUCUCCCAGUCGCUGCCGCGGAAGCUGAAAUGGGCCAUCUGCCGGCCGAUCUGGAUGCUGGCCACCCAACCCAUCCUCCAGGUCGUCUCCAUAUUCUUUGCCUACAACUUUGGCAUUUUGUAUCUGGUGAUCACCGAAUUCGCGACUGUCUACAUCGUCCGAUAUCAUCAAUCCGUCUCGGUCAGUGGCCUGCACUAUAUCUCCCUGGUCAUUGGCUCGACCAUUGGCGCCCAGGUUGGAGCGCGCGUCACCGACAAGUUAUGGGCCUACCUCAAACGACGAGCCGGCGGCCAGACGGCCCCCGAGUACCGCGUGCCCUUGCUGCUGCCCGGGCUCUUCUUCAUUCCAGCGGGUCUCUUUCUCUACGGCUGGUCGGCCGAGCGCGUCUUGCCAUGGAUCGCAGUCGACAUCGGGGCCGCCAUGUUCAAUCUGGGCAUGAUUAUGACCACCCAGGCGUUUCAGCAGUAUGUUAUGGAAGCUUUUGAAGGGCACAUGGCGUCGGCCAGUGCCGCCAGCCAGUUCAUGAGGAGUAUCUUUGCUUUUUGCUUUCCUCUAUUUGCCCCUGCACUUUACAAGCAUCUUGGUCAGGGAUGGGGCAAUAGCAUGUUGGCCUUUCUCUUUCUGGGCAUCGGGGUCCCGGCUCCAUUCCUUCUCUGGCUGUACGGUGCUCGGCUGCGAGCCAAGGGUCGCCAGUUACUCUGA